UUGUGAGAAAGGCUAAGAUAUAAACAUGAGGAAAAGAGACAGGGGUCAAUAUGACUUUAAUUUGAGAUAAAAACAACAAAAAAUAUUUGGGAUAAAAUCAACAAAGAUGAAAAGCCUAAAAUUAUAAAUUUAAUUGAUAUAACACAAUGUCCACUGAAGCACCUAACAACGUCACGAUACCGGAAACAGCUUACGCCCUUCCCUAUCACACCUGGAUGACGUAUGAAGUAUUCUCUGUACUUCUGUCUGUAAUUGCGACGUACAUCCUUGCAAGUCUGUUGGCAUACAGCGUGAAACAAAACAUUGACUUUUUCAAGCGAAGACACUUAUCGACACGGAGUACCAAAACUGAGAGAGAUGUUUCGGGAGGACACAGUUCGGCAAGCGUUGAAAGAGGGCAGUCCGUGUCUUCGAACCGGGAAAAGGGAAAACGCAGACGAAUAGACGGAACUGCUGGUAAAUCCGCAAGACCCCUGCGAGUUCUUUGUAUAUUCGCAGCGUUUUUCGCUGUGGUACGCAUGGCAGCUGACCAGUUGGAACUUGGUACUUAUCACAGCGGAGUUCGAGUGAACUGUAAAGUGUAUCAGGUAGUGGUUGUGAUAACGUACUCGCUGUGCGCAACUUGCAUUUACUCCGCUCUGUGGUUUCGUCUUCAUGUCUUCCUCAAUCAUCCUGUGAUACAUUUAAGAACGAAAAAGAUCGGCGUCGUUAUGUGGAUAAGCUUAGCUACUAUCAUCUGUUCCUCCCUGCUUAAUACUCUGAUCUUCAGCCUUGCUACCACAGCGGUCGACUCGCCAGAAGGCUGUAAAUUAGGCGUAACUGCACCUAUACCUUCAGAUAUAAGAUAUGUCAUUCUUGCCUUUACGUCAGUUGGGUCUCAGCUGCUACUGUUAGCCUUGUUCCUGUACCCAUUGUUGAAACAUAGGUCUACGAUGGUGAAGAGUGAACCAAAAGCUGUUCGGUACACAGUUAACCCGCCCACGUCCCCACCUUUGUCCCCUCGAUUCCCAACCGAGCGCGGGCAAGUCAAGUUUCCGAAAUCACUGAGAAUAACAAUGCAGAAAGGCCAUGCACAUGAUCAGACUGGACCAGCAUCGUCGGCUCUAAAAUACGACUCCGAUAGCGACAUGGACAGCGUGAAAAACGUACAAACGGACGCCGCGAAUCGGUAUCGGAGUUUUCGACAAAAAAAGCAAAUCAACCGCCAGCGUCAUCUGGUUAACAUUAUGUGGCGAGUUCUUGCCACAGCGAGCGUAUGUGUUAUAUCAGAUGUCGUAACUGCAGUUGUGUCAAUCGCAUUUUCAGGCCACCCUAGAAUCGUACCGAAUCUUAUAUACAAUUUGAACCUGCUGGUCAACCUAUGCAGCGUCUUAUUUUCUUUCGGCGAUUGGAAGGACAGACUUUUUCCCCUGUGCGCAAAUUGUUGGAAGGAACAAGAAAAAAGACAAAUGACGUCCAGUACCAGCGCCUACAGUGGUCCAAGGUCCCCAGCAGCUUUCCCGAACAAUAAAAACAUUGCUCCGUACAUGGACUCGUCAUCAGCUGCAUGCAACUCCAGAGGAUUGCCCAUAUCCGAGGACGGAGAAGAAAAAAGCGAUUCUGUGUUUGAUCAUGCAUAAAAUGGAACUAUAUAAUUUACCAAUCAAAACUGAAGUUAUAAAAUACUCUGUUAAAAAAAA